AUGGCGACACCGGCGCCUCGGCCGCGGCGGCCCAACCGCUCCGCCGCCGAGCGCGGCGCCCAGUACCGCCGCGCGGACGGGCGGGCGACGGAGCACCUGGUGGCGGCGUUCGCCGCCAUCGACGCCCGCCGCGGCCAGCGCUUCAGCGGCCUGGCCCAGGCGCUUCGCAUGGCGCUGCAGGGCGCCCACCCCGCGGCAGGAGGCCUCCAGGACGCCGUGGACGACCUCGGCGCCGCGCUCGCGGACCGGCGGUCGCGGGUGGUUUACCUCGAGGCCACGCUGGCGCCGCCUUGCCCCGCGGAGGCGGGCGUGGACGUCGCCGCCCUCGACACCACGAUCGAGGAGCUCGGCGCCUCGGCUGCUGCAGACCCGCGCGGCGGCGGCGGCGGUGAUGAUUCGGGC